AUGCUUGAAGAUAACACGUGGUAUGAGUUUGGUGAGAGUGACGACCAUAUAGUACCUCAUCCUGGCAUUGAGCAUCAUGAUCAGUUUCCAGUAGAGGGUGAUAGUCGUAAGAAACCAAGGCGUGAUCUAAUUGGCAUCCCAAGUAAUGCAAAUUGUGCAACUAUUUCUGAACUUCAAGGAAAGGAGAAAGAAAACUUAGCAACUCUGACUAAGAAGAGUACCAUGCUGGAAAAGGUUUCAUUGUCCAACACACCUGAUGGUGCGUAUGCUUCUUCAUGUAAUGGUGACUCAAUCAAAGAAGUGACAAGCAUAGCAUCUGAUGAUACAGGGAUGUCCAACCGUUGUUUAAAAAGUGGUAAUCCAGAUUCAAGCGGUAGUGAUGCCAAAGACAAUAUCAUGGGCGACGAAUGUACUGUAGUUGAUAAUAACUUAUAUGAUUACCCUCUAAAUCACAUAUCCGAAACAGAUAAUGACCUCAGCUUCUUGGAUAAUGAUCGUGAAGACAGAGACAGCAGUGAUCUUUUAUAUUAUGGCUGGCCGGAUAUAGGAAAUUUUGAGGAUGUUGACAGGAUGUUUAGAAGUUGUGAUUCAACAUUUGGGCUAGGAAGUCUCAAUAAUGAAGAUGAGUUGUGCUGGUUUUUAUCUUCAAAUUCUGCUGAAGGAUCUGAAGAUGCGUUGAAGUCUGGCGUUAAGUUUUCAUGUUCAGAGGCAACUGCAAAAAGUCUAUCAGAAAACUGUGAAGCUUCCAAGCUGGAAAAUGUGGAUCCUUUAACCAAUGGUCUGAAUAAAAAAGGGACUUCCAUGGGUGACAACAUAAGUUCCCCAGGUAUGGAUGCUGGUGUACGGGCUACUCUUGGCCACUUAUCAGUUGUGAAAGGCUCAGAUGCAAAAUCUGAAUUAGGGGACGACUUGAUGCUAAAAGAACAGCCAAAGCACCACAAACAACCAGAAGGGGAAAGAAUAGACCGAUAUGUAGAAAAUGGUGGUUCAUUUCCUCAUUACAGUGACCCGAACCAAUUUCAGAAUGCAAACCAUCCCUAUGCAGACUCAUCCUGUCAAGUUUAUUCUACUCCUGCCAUUCAUCAGCAUAAACAAAAAACAGUAACUGAAUCUGUGAGAUACAUGCAGACAAAUAUUCCAUAUAUGCACUUGGACUAUAGUCAUCCAUCAGAUCAAACUUCAGUCUGCCCAACUGUAUCUGGCACCCAAUCUGACAAUAAUGUCCACCCAUCUCCUUCUCUGAAGGAGACUUCCUAUGCAUCAAAUCAAGUACUGUCCAUGGAGAGUUCUUGUGCUCCAUUCAAUGCUCCUUCUGUGGUAAAGAAAGAAAAGCAACUGUUGUCUGGGGAUUUUGAACCCCCAUUUUCUAAAUGUUUUAACAUUUUGGCUAUCGAAAAUCCAGAGACAUAUUGUGAUCCGGUUUCAGUUCAAAAGAAAGUGCAGCAAUCUGCAAAUGAGACUGAAGGCCAUAGUGAUGUUGAAGGAGGAGCCAGUAUAGGAAUGCAAGCAGAAUUUGAUUCUUCAGAUCUACAGGAGAGCUCUUGCUUGAGCUCUGUGCUGGAUGAGAUAUCACUAGAAGCAACUAGUUUUCGCCAGCUUCAACAAGUAACAGAGCAGUUGGAUAUCAGGACAAAACUGUGCAUAAGGGAUAGUCUGUACCGCUUGGCAAAGAGUGCAGAACAGAGGCAUAAUUGUGCAAAUAAGGAGAGUGGCAAUAUAGAUAGUAGAGAAGCAAAUGGAGUAUUGUUGGCCCAAGAAACAGACAAGUGCAUUGCGUUUAUGGAUGUGGAAACUGAUACAAACCCUAUAGAUCGGUCCAUUGCGCACUUAUUGUUUCACAGGCCCAAAGACCCAUCUGCACGACCUGCUAAUGAUCCCUUAUCUCUCAGGUCUAGUGCCUUGAUUCAUGGGUCUGUGAAUAGUACGCCUGGAAUGCCUGAAAAACAGGUUUUCCCUGAGAGAACUGCUACCAGUGAUCGGAAAAAAGACGGCGACGAGUGA